AUGGCAGGCACCACGAAUCCCAAGAACUACAAGUUCAACCACUCCAUGAUCCGCGUCAAGGACCCCAAGGCGUCGAUCAAGUUCUACGAGCUCCUCGGCAUGACCGUCAUCAAGACGAUCCGCCAGCCCGAGGCCAAGUUUGACCUCUACUUCCUGGCCUACGACUCGCCCAAGGCCGUCUCGGCAGGCGCCUCCGUCUUCGACCGCGAAGGGCUCAUCGAGCUGACGCACAACUACGGCACCGAGGACGACGCCAGCUACACCGUCAACAACGGCAACACCGAGCCCCACCGCGGCUUCGGCCACCUCUGCAUCGCCGUCGACAACAUCCAGGUGGCGUGCGACCGCAUCGAGAAGGCGGGCUACGAGUUCCAGAAGAAGCUGUCCGAGGGCCGCAUGCGCCACAUCGCCUUCGCCAAGGACGCCGACGGCUACUGGGUCGAGCUCAUCACGUGGAACGACGUCGCCGCGACCGAGGGCGUCGCCGAGACGGACGUGUCGACCUACCGCAUGAACCACACCAUGCUGCGCGUCAAGGACGCCGACAAGUCGCUCGCCUUUUACCGCGACGUCCUCGGCAUGAACCUGCUGCGCAAGAACGAGUCCAGCAGCUUCACCCUCUUCUUCCUCGGCUACAACAAGGACGGCGACGGCACCGCCACGCGCGAGGGCGUGCUCGAGCUGACGUGGAACCACGGCACCGAGAAGGAGGCCGACUUCAAGUACCACAACGGCAACGACCAGCCGCAGGGCUUCGGCCACAUUUGCGUCACCGUCGACGAUAUUGAUGCCGCGUGCGAGCGCUUCGAGUCGCUGAACUGCAACUGGAAGAAGAGGCUGACGGACGGCCGUAUGAAGAACGUGGCCUUCCUGCUGGACCCCGAUAACUACUGGAUCGAGGUUGUGCAGAACGAGAAGUUCACCGGAAAGGAUAACUUCUAGGUCGUUUGUCAACGAGGGGCGGCGUUUGGUGAAGCGUUGUGAUGGUGGCAGGUUGGUUGUUCAACGAAACGAGGGCGAGGAAAAUCGGCGGCGUUAGUUGACUUGUGAGAGGCAUGCGAGUAUUGAAAAUACAAAUCGAGCUGUGGCAAUUCUUCUUAGUGGCAUAGUAACGACCAUGUCGGUUUAUAUUAAGAAAAGCUAUUAUUCAUCAAUUACCUGGUCAAAGCCAGGCCACCUG